AUGAGCGGAGGGAGAAGAAACGAUGAGAGUGAUGAUGAAGGAGGAGGGUGGGGUUCAACGUUUUUGAAACUGGCAGGUGCGGCAGCCGUGAUAGGUGGCAUAUACAGUGUCCUAAAACAACCCCAAGCUGAAGUCACACCAUAUGGAACGCGGCAACCUGAUCCUCAAGUGGUGAUACUCAAAGUUGACGGUUCGCUUCUGCCCAGAAAAGCUGGCUGUGGAGGAUACCUGAGCAGCGCGUCACAGAAAUGGAUAUGCGGUUUCACUCUGAAGUUGGAUCCGAGUUUAAAAGUAGAUGAAACUGAGAGACAAGCAAUUCUGAGAGGUUUGAAAUGGGUUAGAGAAAAGGGAAAGAGGAAAGUUGAGGUGAAAUCAGAUAAUUUUGGGGUUGUGGAUUUAGUGAAUUCUGGAAGUAGAUCUAAUGAUUAUGUUAUACGUGAAAUAAGGGAUCUUCUUUGUAGUUCUGAUUGGGAAGCCAAAUUGAGUUGGAUCUCUGGUGAUCAAAACAAAGUUGCUGACAGACUUGCUCAUAAAGCUCAUGCAUUAAUUUCUUUUGGCAGUAGUGGUGUGCAAUCAAAUGAUCAAGAACAUGAAACACAACAAUUUUGCACUCAAGGUAGCGUAGAAACUAUUAACCUUGGUGAAGAAGUUGCAUCUGCACCGGUUGCGAAAACGCCUAAACAAAGGUUCCAACAAAAAGAGGAUGAAGUUCUCAUUCAAUCAUGGCUCAACGUUUCAAAGGAUUCAAUUGUUGGGGUUGAUCAAAAAGGAGAUAGUUUUUGGAACAGGAUUGGCGAAGCUUACAACAAGCAUCGUGACACCAAUUACAAAGAGAGGAAACCGAUGGCACUUAAAGGUCGAUGGCACAAAAUUAAUCCAUCUAUUCAAAAGUUUGUUGGAUGCUACAAACAAGCUGUGUCUACACAACAAAGUGGGAGCUCCGAGAGCAAUAUCAUUCAAGCUGCAUAUAAAAUUUAUUUUCAAGAUGAAGGUGAAAAGUUUAUAUUUGAGGCUGCAUGGAGAUUAUUGAAAGAUGAACCUAAAUGGCUCACGGGUUCAUCGGAAGCUUCUACAAAAAGAACAAAGAAUUCAGCUUCAGGAGCAUAUUCUUCAUCUUCUAAUCCACCGACACCAACGAGUAGCUGA